GAAAUGCGCGCGGUAAAUAUUUGUGUUUUAGUUUAUUCACAUUAUCCAAUUUUUUGCUAAAAGCCUCAUAAAAAUAUAUGUAAACAUGGAUAGCUGUUUCGCUGAUAUAAUGGUGGAGUUUCUUGCUGUAGCUUUCCAUAACAUUCUUUAUUAUGCGUCAGUCUAUCCAAAAAAUGUAUUCGAGACAAGAAGAAAAUAUAACAUUGUAGUUUACCAAUGCAUUCAUCCAGAAAUUAAGCAAUACAUCGAUUUGUGUUUAAAAAGUGCGUCAGAAUGCUUAAAGGCAGGUCAACUUCAUCGAAUAAUAUUCUCUGUAACUAAUAAUAAGUAUGAGCCUCUUAUGAAGUUUGUUUUUGAUGUGAGUAAAAAUGAAACUUUUGAUGACAUCAAUGACGCAUAUUUGGUGCAAGUAGAGCAAAACCUACGCGCAUUUUGUUUACAAUUGUCUGCUUUAUCGGAUAAAUUCAGAAGUUUACCAGAGGACGUUAGUUUCACCAUCAACCUCCACACUACAGAGUCUACUGCGGUAUCUAUGGCUACCAAUCCAGAUUUUGAAGAAUUCCCUUUAGUAGAAGUUAGUGAAUUGACACAAGAUACUGAUAUUAUUGUACCCAUAAGAAGUUUUCCAAUAAGAAGAUUUAAAUUGGACACUUACAUUGAAAUGCCGACAACCUGAUUUUCAAAUAGGGUGAAUGAUGGUUAUUUCCUUAAAAAAGGACUUAAUUUCGGUG